AUGGGAGCAACGCGAUCGCCGUGGGCGGCGCUGCGCCGCCUCGAGUUCUUUGCGGUUACGUUUGUGUUCCAUUUAAUAUUCACUUGGUCGAUCUUUGACAUCUACUUCCGCUCGCCCGUCGUCCACCCGGCGCCGCGCUACAGCGUGCACGACGACGUGGAGGCGGCCGCACCGGCGGAGCGCGCCGUGUUGUUUGUCGCGGACGGGCUCCGGGCGGACACGCUGUUUAAGUGGCACGAUAUCGACAAGCUCCCGGAAUGGGCGCGUGCGGACCUCGUCGCGAUGAACGCGGCGGACGAGACGUUUGACCGCGCCUUUCCGUCGGUGUUUGUGCGCAAUGCCACGACCGACGCCGAGCCCGUGACGGACGCGGCGUACGUCGCGCCGUACCUGCGCAGCAUCGCCAAGGAGCGGGGCACGUACGGCGUGAGCCACACGCGCGUCCCGACCGAGAGCCGCCCGGGACACGUCGCGCUGCUUGCGGGGAUGUACGAGGACAUCAGCGCAGUGACCAAGGGAUGGAAGGUGAACCCGAUCGCAUUCGACUCGCUCCUGAACCAGUCGUCGCACACGUUCGCGUACGGCUCGCCGGACAUUGUGCCGAUGUUUGCGCUCGGUGCACCGGGCAAGGUCGAGUCGGCCGUGUACGACGAGGCAGCCGAGGACUUUACCAAGGACGCCGUCGCGCUCGACGUGUGGGUCCUCGACGAGGUGCGCGCACUCCUGUCGCGGGCCAGGACCGACGCGGAGCUCGACCGCAAACUGCGUGCGCCGCGCACCUUUUUCUUCCUGCACCUCUUGGGCCUGGACACGACGGGGCACACCUACCGCCCGCUGUCUCCCGAGUACCUCGGCAACACAAUUGUCGUCGAUGCGAUCGUGAAAGAGGUCGAGGCGAUGCUCGAUGCGUACUUUGGCGAUGACCGCACGGCCUACAUUCUCACCGCCGACCACGGCAUGUCGCACCGCGGCAACCACGGCGACGGCGACCCGGACAAUACGCGCACGCCGCUCAUUGCAUGGGGCGCAGGCGUGCCGACGCCGCAGCGCGCCAAGUCGUACGAGUUCCCCACGGACGACUACUACGAAAACUGGGAGCUCGAGGCGUUUGCGCGCAACGACAUUGACCAGGCCGACCUUGCGCCGCUCAUUUCGGCGCUCGUCGGCAUGCCGGUGCCGGCAAACUCGGAAGGCCACCUGCCGUUUGCGUACCUCGACGCACCGCCGGCGUACGCGGCGCACGCGGCGCGCGCAAACGCGCGCCAGGUGCUCGAGGUGUACCGCGUCAAGCACGACGAUCUCGCCACGCGCAUGCGCGCCUUUGUCCCGUAUGCGCCGCUCGAUACGCCCGGGCGCCCGGGCGACACGCAUCUCGCCGAGAUCGACGCGCGGAUCGCCGAGGGCGACUUUGAAGAGGCACAGGAGCUGUGCUCCGACCUGAUCCACGCCGCCCUGCGCGGCGCGGCGUACCUGCACAAGUACGACGCCAAGACGCUGAUCACGGUUGUGGUGCUCGGCUACAUUGGCGUGAUUUUGUACGGCGUCACGUUCCUGCUGCACUAUGGCCUGGAAGAGAGCAUGCCGGCGUACCGUCUCGCGCUCGUGCCUCUUGCGGUAGUCCUUGCGGCGCUCGCAGCGGUCUGGGCGCAGUUCUUUGCGAACCGCGCGCCAGAGAUGUACUUUGUGUACAGCGGCGCGUGUGCGUGCGUCUGGGCGAUGGUCGCGCUGCGCAUGCACGUCAUCUCGUCGGUGCUCACGCAGACGGCUGCGCCGUACAUGGCACAAGGCUCGUCGAAGCGCGACGCGUACGGAUGGGCCAUUGCGCGUGUCGUCCUCUAUGCCGCGUUUACAAUCGGGAUGCUCGAGGCCGCUGCGUAUGCCUACACGCACCGCUUGAUGUGGACCGGCAUUCUGCUUCUCGGCGCGACGUGGCCCUUUUUGCUUUCGCGCUCGUUCCAGCAAGCGCACGAGCUCGGGGCGCUCUUUUGGAUCUUUGGGUGCUCGAUGUGUGCCGUGUUUACCGCGCUUUCCACCGAGAAGGACGAGAGCGUGACGCAGCUUGUGCUCGGUGGGCUGCUCUUUUUCGCGAUCGGCGUGCUGAUCUACGCGAACCCCGCAACGUUCCUGGUGAACGCCGACUACCUCGGCCGCGACAAACAGGUCGCGGCGAUGGUCACGGCCAAGUCGAAAGAGAACCUCGAGGAGCUGAAGAAGCUCGCGGACGAGGAUACCGAGGACCCCGUGAGCUUCCUUCCCCGCACGCGUGCCGCGCUCGCCGUCGAGCUCGUGCUGAUGCUCGUCGCGGUGCUCACGACCGCGACGUCGGCCGGGAGCCUGCGCCGCAAGGAAGGCCUGCCGCUUGCGAACCAGGUUGCGGCGUGGUCCGUGCUUGUGCUCGCGCUCGCGAUCCCCUUUCUCGUGGGCUUUCAGCGCCCCAAGGCGCAUGGCGGCAAGCAGUACGCCCAGCCGAUGCGCCAGCGCAUUGUCCUGCUCCUCUUUGGCUUUGCGCCGAUCUUUGUGCUGCUCUCGCUCCGCGACGAGGUCUUUUUCUUCUUCUGCUACUCGCUCCUGGUCCUCACCUGGGCGCACCACGAGGCGGAGCUCGCGCGCGAGCGCUGCCUGAUGGAGGCCCACAGCGAGAAGCGCACGAGCGCGCCCGCGCUCCGUGGCAUGGUGCUGGAUGACGUGCGUGUCGGCCUGUUCUACUUCUUGCUGCUCAACGUCGGCUUCUUUGGCACCGGCAACGUCGCGUCCAUUUCCUCGUUCUAUUUGUCGCCUGUCUACCGGCUGCUGCCCGUCUUCAACCCCUUUUGGAUGGCCGCCUUGCUCGUGCUCAAGCUCAUUAUCCCCUUUAUUCUACUCUCCUGUGUACUCGCUGCGCUCUGCGCGCAGCGCGCCGAAUGGCGCAUGUACCCCCCCAUCUCGAGCCGUGUGCCGAUUCUCGCGAGCGGUCUUGGCGUGCGCGACGUGUACAUCCCCCUGACCGCCGCUGCGCUCGCUGGCGACGUGCUCGCGCUCAACUUCUUCUUCGCUUUGCGCGACACCGGGUCGUGGCUCGAGAUCGGCCAGUCCAUCACGCACUUUGUCAUGGCGAACCUGAUGCAGAUGUACAUGCUCGUGAUUGCCGCCCUAGGCGCCGUCCUGAUCGGCGCGCGCACGGCGCACUCUUUAGUUGCGUGGGCUAGCACAAUCACUGUGCGGGGCAUAUCACCGAUCGCGCAGACGCUCCGUUCGCAGGCACGCCUAGGCCUGACGCAGCGGCACUCGGACAGCCCGGAAAAAAGCGAGGACCGUGCGGAGAGCGACGUUUCGGCGCCCGUACUGGCCGAGCGACAGAUUGCCUUUCUCGUUUGGCAUUUGUGCGAAGGGAACUUUGACGAGACCCUCGCGGAGCUUCAUCUCCUCGUCAACGAGUUUGGCGUGCGUGCACAGCACGCACUGGCACACGAACUGCACAGCAGUCCUACUUCCCCUUUUCUACGCCGCGCUCGCAACGAGUGCAUCACCUCGGGCCUUGUCUCGCAAGAUAUGUUUACCCCCCUUCCCGACGUGAACCCCAAUACGCUUGCCGGCCUCCCGGCCGAUGCAGGCGGCGCGACCGUCCUCGACGCCGCGCUCGAACACCUGGCCCGCGCGCGCCAAGCAGCGCUCGCCCCUCAGGCACUCGCCGCGUUCCUCGCGUCGUUCCUCGAGGGCGACGGGCCGCUGCUCUGCGCACAGCGCCAACAGCUGGUCUCGGCGGUGAGCGAGCGCGUAAGCGCCGACGCCUUUGCCCAGGCCAUUUCGCAGGCGCUGCCCAAGCUCGGCAAGCGCACGCUUGCCGAGGCGCUUCUGGACCUUGGGCCGGACGGCCUGCCCACCGUUGAGCUCGCCGAGGGCGUGCUGCGCCACUUUUCCUUUGCGCCGAGCGCACAGAGCGUUGCGCAGCUCCUCGGCACGCUCCUCUCGGCCCCGGAUGCCUCCGCGCGGCCGCUGACCAACUUUGAGGCGCUGACGCGCGCCGUUGCCAAGAGCGACAAGGGCCUGUCGUGGGCCAAGGCGAUCCGCGGCCUCGACAAGCUCGAGUACGCGGCCUUUACGCCGAGCGUCGCGCUGGGCACGGCGCUUGCCGCGGUGCUGCGGGCCGCGCCCACGGCCGAUAGCCUGAGCGAUGCGGGCGACGUUGCGGUCGCGGGCCUGUGGGGCGUCUGGACGCACCGCCUGCGCCAGCUGCAGCUGCUGUACAGCCUGCUGGUGCUCGGCGAAGAUACCUUUACGUUCUCGGCGCUGCCUACGCGCCGCAUCCUCACGCUCGAGAGCAUCGCUUCGGCGCCGGUCGCCGUCAAGACGCAGGGCCAGCACGCCCUGGACACGACGUGGAACUCGCUCGACCUCAUCGAGACGCUCAUGGAACUCGCGGGCAGCGCCCCGGGCGCCGAGGACAGUGCCGAGGUCGGCAAGGCCGUCACGGCGAUCCUCGAGCGCGCGAUCAAGACGCAUGCCGACAUUGUGUUGCUCGGCCUCGUGCAGCUGCCGCUGUCGACCAACGCGGUGCACCCCGAGCUGGUGAGCAAGCUCCUAGUGAUGUUUUUGGCAGGACACGCACAGCACCAGCUCGUCUUUUGGACACUGUACCACACGCAGUCGAAGCUCUUUUUUGAGCUGCUCUUGCGUGUGUACGCCGAGAGCCCGCUGCACCUCACGCGCAUCGUCGAGGUCGCGCAGGAGCUCGGGUUUGUCGACCGUCUCUUGGAGCUGCGCCCUCUUGCGUUUGCGAUGGACGCGGCGGCGUUUGCUGCGCGCCGCGACCUCGUCGCGCUCGAGCCGUGGCUGCAAAAGCUCAUCGGUGAGGAGUCGCACGUCAUCCACGCCGCGCUCGAGUUCUUGGAAGGCAAGAUCAAGGCGGAUCUGCUCCGCCGCGACCCCCAGAUCGAGCCGACGUUUGUGCCGCUGAGCGUGCAGUCCGUCGCGACAUUCCUGCGCGUGCUGCGCGCCAACGGCGACAGCAUGAGCCCGGAAGAGAUUGAGCACUUCAAGGUCGUGCGCAACCUCUGCCUGCAGCUUCACCCCCGCCUCAUGACGCUCACGCCGGGGCCGGAGAGUGUCGAGCCGGGCCUGUCCGUGGCGUCCUUCUCAAAAGAGAUCCACCGCGAGGCGGAUUCGUGGUACCGCCAGAUGUACGAGGAAAAGACGAGCGUCGACGACAUUAUUGCGCUCCUGCAGCGGUGCAAGCUGUCGGACGAGCCGCACGACCACCAGCUCUUUGCCUGCAUGGUGCACACGCUCUUUGACGAGCACCGCUGGUUCGAGCUGUACUAUCCCCCGCGCGAGCUGCUGAUGACUGCCGUCGUCUUUGGCUCGCUGAUCCAGUACCAGUUGGUGGACUCGAUCCCCUUGGGCAUUGCGAUCCGGUAUGUGCUUGACGCGCUUCGCUCGCCGCCGGACUCGACCAUGUUCCACUUUGGUAUCCAGGCUUUGCUGCGCUUCCAGACGCGCCUCGCCGAGUGGCCGCAGCUGUGCCAUGCGCUGCUUGCGCUGCCCCAGCUGCAGCAGACGCACCCCGAGAUUGUCAACGUGGUGAACCACGCGCUGGCCAACGCCAAGAGCGGCAAGGUGCCGCCGCCGCCGCCGGUGCCCGACACGCGCAGCUUCCCUGCGAUCAACCCAGAGACGCUCCCGCCCAACGACGGGCAGCAGCAGCCGACCGAAGAGGUCUCGGACAAGAUCCUCUUUGUGAUCAACAACCUCACUGCCGCGAACCUCGACGCGAAGCUGCCGGGCCUGCGCGAUAUGAUCUCGACCGAGAUCCUGCACUGGUUCGCCAAGUACCUCGUGAUUGAGCGUGCGAGCAUCGAGCCGAACAACCACGACCUGUACAUGCAGGUGCUCGACGGGAUCGAGCAGCCGGCCGUCUUCCGCUACGUCCUGUACGAGACGCUCGUCAAGCUCAAGUCGCUGCUCGAGAGCGAAAAGACGAUGCAGUCGACCUCGGAGCGCACCGUGCUCAAGAACCUCGCGUCGUGGCUCGGCAGCGCCACGCUGGCCAAGAACAAGCCGAUCCGCUUCCGCAACCUCGCGCUGAAGGAGCUCCUGCUCCAGGGCCACGAGUCCGGCCGCCUGAUUGUCGUGAUUCCGUUCGUGUGCAAGGUGCUGGAGCACUGCGCGACGUCGGACGUCUUCCAGCCGCCGAACCCGUGGCUGAUGGCCGUGUGCCGUCUGCUGGUGGAGCUGUACCAGUUUGCGGACCUGAAGCUGAACCUCAAGUUUGAGAUCGAGGUGUUGUGCAAGUCGCUGCAGGUCGACCUGCAGUCGCUCGAGCCGAGCGCACUGCUGAUAGGCCGCCGCCCGACAGAGCCGGUGCAGGAAGCGCCGUACCCUGCUGUUGUGCAGGGCAUGGAAAAGCUCGGUGUGAGCGAGGCGUACGCCCCGCCCGACACGCUCGCGACGCUCCUGCAGAACAUGGCGCAGUACAUCGUCGUGAACCCCCAGCUGGUGCCGUACGCAAACAACGCCGCGUGGAAGCGCGUCAUGUUUGUCGCGAUCGAGCGUGCGAUCCAGGAGAUCAUCACGCCGGUCGUCGAGCGCUCCGUGACGAUCGCCUCGAUCUCCACGCGCGAGCUCGUCAGCAAAGACUUUGCGAUGGAGCCCGACGAGCUCAAGAUGGCCGCCGCCGCGCACCACAUGGCGCAGAGCAUGGCGGGCAGCUUGGCGCUCGUUACGUGCAAGGAGCCGCUGCGUGUGAGCAUUCUGGCCCACGCACGCACGCUCUUUGCCGCGGGCGGCGUCACGGAGCAGCAGCUGCCUGAGCAGGGGCUCCUCCUCCUCGUGCAGGACAACCUCGACCUGGCGUGCAUGGUCAUUGAAAAGACCGCGAUGGAGAAGGCGCUCUCUAAGGCCGACGAGGGCCUCGCGGCGGCCUACACGGCGCGCCGCGAGUUCCGCGCGCACGGCCGCGGGACGCUGUUCUGGGACAGCAGCGCGCUGUCGCAUUACAGCACUACGCUGCCCGACCUGCUGCGCAUUGCGCCGCCCGGCCUCCAGCCGCAGCAGCAGCGUGUGUACGAGAGCCUGGCGAUGCCGGCCGAGCCGCGCGACGAGCGCCCGGUGCCCGAGUACGAGGAGCUGGCGGCCGCGACGCUGUCCCCCGCCAAGGCGCUCGAGCGUUUCCUGCUGAUUGCGGCGAAGCUCGAGCAGUUCUUUGCCGAGGUCGGCGACGCGCAGACGCUUGCGACGCUGCCUGCGACGCACUUUGUGCGCCAGGUCUCGCCGCACCUCACCGAGCUCGUGAACCAGGCGGCGCCGCGCGACGAGACGAUCCUCAUUAUCGCGCAAAAGGUCGUGCAGCUGCUGUACAAGACGCACUCGGGUCUUGCGCGCGACGUGUGGGUGGCGCUACUCGAGCAGCUGUGCGAGCAGUCGCUCAAGGUCGCUAAAGAGGUCACUGCGUGGCUCAUUUACGCCGAGGACGAGCGCAAAUUUAAUGUCCCGGUCACGGUGGCACUCAUGCGUGCGAACCUCGUGGGCCUUGCCGAGCAGGAUGCGCAGCUUGCCAAGCUGCUUGUCCGCUCGCACUUCCGCCCGAGCGUCGUCGAGUUUAGCGCGGCGCUCGCGCGCGAGUGCCUGCAGCAAAAGAUGGCCGGCCGUGGCCAGCUGCAGGGCAUCCUCGGCGCGCUGCGCCAGGCGGUGCAGUACGGGCGCACCUCGCCGGCGAUUGCUGCGCUGCUCGAGGAGGCGGACGACGUGCCGUCCGAGGGCCUGCCGCUGCGCGAGCAGCUGGCGUACUCCUUUGCGAGCUGGGUGCGUGCGUACCAGCAGUCGCCGCAGCCGGAGAAGUCGUUCAUCGAGUACGUGACGCAGCUCCAGGGCCAAAACGUGCUUAAAGGUGAGGAGAUCUCGUCGCUCUUUUUCCGUGUGUGCACCGAAGUGAGCGUCGACCACUACCUGAAGCAGCAGGCCGUCGGCGGCACGCUUGCGUCGGGCAUCUACUCGCCGGUGGACACGUUUGCCAAGAUGAUCGUGUACAUGGUCAAGUACCAUGCCGAUCCGCUCGGGGUGAAUGACGAGCAGGCCAAGGUGCACUACCUCACCAAGAUCCUCUCGAUCAUUGUGCUGGUUCUGGCGCAGUCGCACGAGGAGCUUGGGCCGCGCUUCCAGCAGCGCCCCUUUUUCCGCCUCUUUUCGAGCCUGCUGCACGACCUGCACGCGGCCGAAGGCGCGCUGCACGGCGCGUACGGCGCGGCGCUGCUCGCGGUCGGCAACUCGCUCAACACGCUCCAGCCGCUCUUUUUCCCCGGCUUUGCGUUUGCGUGGGUGUCGCUCGUGUCGCACCGUCUCUUUUUGCCGCAGCUGCUCAAGCGGCAGCCCGAGGGGCGCGCGGCGUUCCACCGCCUGUUCCUCGCGCAGCUGCGCUUCCUUGCGCCGUUCCUGCGCCAGAGCAGCAUGCACGACACGACGCGCCUGCUCUACCAGGCGACGCUACGCAUGCUCCUGCUCCUGCUGCACGACUUCCCCGAGUACCUCACCGAGCACCACCAGAGCCUCGUGGACGCGAUCCCUGCGACGUGCAUCCAGAUGCGCAAUCUCGUCUUGUGCGCGUUCCCCCGCACGGUGCGCCUCCCCGAUCCGUUUGCGCAGAGCGUGCGUGUGCAGCAGCUGCCGGAUGCGAGCCACGACCCGGUGGUCCUUUACGACUUCCACGCGGUCCUCUCCACCGUGCCCAAGCUGCAGGACGCGCUCGAGGCGUUUGCGCGCCGCCACGCGCCGCCCGCGUUCCUCAGCUCGCUGAAAGAGUCGCUGACCCUGCCCCAGCGCGGCGCCGAGGCGCGCUACAACGAGCCGGUGAUGAACGCGGCGGUGCUGUACGUCGCGACGCUCGCGCUCGACGGCCAGGUGCACCUGCUCGCGGGCGAUGCGCAGCACGACCCCCUCGUCGAGAUGUACACGUAUCUCUUGCAUGAGCUCGAGCCCGAGGGCCGCUACCUCCUGCUCAGCGCCGCAGCGAACCAGCUGCGGUACCCGUCGCGUCACACGGCCUACUUCAGCACGCUGCUCCUCCUCCUCUACACCGAGGUGUCGGACGCACUCGUGAAGGAACAGGUGCUCCGCGUCCUUCUCGAGCGCGUGAUCGUCAACCGCCCGCACCCCUGGGGUCUGCUGUACACCUUUGCACAGCUCCUGCGCGUGAGGUCCGUCCCGCUGCCGCAGGCCCCGCCCGAAAUUCAUGCGAUCCUCGAGCACAUUUCCCACCUGCUGUCGGACACGCGCCCCGUGCCCGCCGCCGCGUAG